AUGAACCUCAACACACUCAACACCCAACUUUCACAACCAGGCGCCCAGACAUUCACGCCCGGCGCCAGCACAUUCGUCCCCGGCCAAGCCUACGGAGGCUACCAGGGCUACAAACAUCAGCAAUAUGGUGGCUACCAACAGCAGCAAGGCUACCCGCAAUACGGCCAGCAAUACGGCGGUCAGCAAGGAGGAUACCCCAACUACGGACAACAAUACCCCCAGCAGCAGAACUUCCAGGCCCAGCAGGCGCAGCAAGGCCAGGCUCCUGUACGGAUAGCAAAGCGAGGCGACACCGAUAUGGCUGGUUCAGAGGGUGCGGCACCCGCCGAGGCCAAGAAGGAGGCGCCCAAGGCAAAGGUUCUCUCGAUUGGUGGCGACAGCGCACCUAAGGCAAAAGUCUUGUCUAUCGGAGGCGACACCACAACACCAAAGGUUGAGAAGGCAGGCGGCACCAAGGUCCUGAGCCUGGGCACACCCGCCGCUCCAUCGGCCGCAAAAGAGAAGGCAGACAAGGAGAAGGGCACUGCUGAGGCCGGAACCAAGGUCACCGCUGCGAAGGCCAUCGAGAAGACUGGAGAGCCCACUCCGGCAUCUGGAGGCUCUGGCAGGACCUCGCCAACACCUUCAUCUGGCCGCAACAGCCCGACACCGAAGGAGAAGGCUGCGGAGAAGGCCAAGGCACAGGACGUCGAGAAGGAAAUGGACGAAGUUGUAGAUGAGGCCACCCUUGCCGAGAUUUACGGAAAGGAGCACGUCAACAUCAUCUUCUUGGGCCACGUUGACGCAGGAAAGUCCACUCUCGGCGGAAGCAUUCUCAUCUCGACUGGCAUGGUGGACGAGCGAACACUUGACAAGUACAAGAAGGAAGCCAAGGACGCUGUCGAGGAGCGACAGCAGGGUAAGACUAUCGAGGUUGGCCGAGGUUUCUUCGAGACGGAGAAGCGACGAUACUCUAUCCUGGACGCACCCGGCCACAAGACAUACGUGCCGAACAUGAUCAGUGGCGCCUCACAAGCAGAUGUGGGUAUUCUUGUCAUCUCUGGACGUAAGGGAGAAUACGAGACCGGUUUCGAGAAGGGUGGACAAACCCGAGAGCACGCCAUGUUGGCCAAGACACAGGGUGUCAACAAGAUUCUCAUCGUCGUCAACAAGAUGGAUGACCCUACUGUUGAGUGGUCAGAGGACCGUUUCAAGGAGUGCACCAACAAGGUGGUCAUGUUCUUGAAGGGUCUCGGGUACAACCCAAAGACAGACAUCAGCAUGAUGCCGGUCAGCGCGCAAACAUUCACAGGUAUCAAGACCCGUGUGCCCAAGGACCUGGCUCCCUGGUACGACGGCCCAUCUCUGCUCGAAUACCUAGACAACAUGCAAGCGCUCGAGCGUAAGCUCAACGCGCCUUUCAUGAUGCCCAUCGCCGCCAAGUACAAGGACAUGGGUACCAUGAUUGAGGGCAAGAUCGAGUCCGGUAUCAUCAAGAAGGAACAGAAGUACCUCAUGAUGCCCAACCGACAAACCAUUCACAUCUCCGCUUUGUACGGUGAACAAGAAGAGGAAAUCCCAGGCGCGACCUGCGGUGACCAAAUCCGUGUGCGACUCCGUGGUGUAGAAGAAGAAGACAUUCUGCCUGGAUACGUUCUGUGCUCACCAAAGCGUCCUGUCCACUGCGUCUCCCAGUUCGAGGCCCAGGUCGUGCUGCUCGACAUCAAGUCUAUCCUGACAGCGGGAUUCAACUGCGUGCUCCACGUCCAUGCCGCACAGGAAGAGGUUACCAUCACCGCCCUAUUGCACAAGUUGGAGAAGGGCACUGGACGGAAAUCGAAGAAGGCACCAGGAUUCGCUACUAAGGGCAUGAGCAUCAUCGCGCGCUUGCAAAUCACUGGUACAGCCGGAAACAUCUGUGUCGAGCGAUUCGAAGACUACCCGCAGCUGGGACGUUUCACCCUCCGUGACCAGGGUCAGACGAUCGCUAUCGGCAAGAUCACUAAGCUCAUCACGGACGAGGCUUAGAUGGUCGAUUGAUUCAAGCAUGGUCAUCCCACGAGGAGGAAGAGGGGGAGCAGGAUAUCCGUAUUGAUAAAAAGCUGUUGCCAUUAAGGCAACAUAGCCUGAGGUUCCACGGCGUUUGGACGUAAGGCUAGCAUAGACCGAACAUCCGAACAAUACGAUCACGAAUAUUCUUCCG